UCAGUCGUAUGCCGGUGCGGGUGCGCUCCGGUGUUGGGUGGGCCUGGGCGUCCAGCUGGCGGCCAGGGCGUUCCUCAGGCGCUCGAAGGCAGUGGUCGUCCGCGCGUGAUGCAAUGGCAGGGGGGAGGGGGCGGGGCUUGCGGGGCGGGCAGACGACACGGCAGCGGGGGCAGACGGCCGCGGCCUCUUGUCCAACACACGGUCCAGGCCCCGCUGCUUCCGCUGCUGCUUCCGGAUCGCCUGAUUGCAGACAGAAGAGAAGCCCACACACAUACACACACGUGACACAUCUGGUUUGUGUUGUGGUGUGGUGUGACCGGCUUGGUUCACAUACCGAUGAGAUGAAGUGGGUGAACAGGAUGCCUGCAGGGACGGCGAACCAGGCCGCCUGACACACCUUGCACUUGAUCUCCUCGGGCGAACCCAACGGCUGAGCCAACUUCUUGCUCUGACAUGACAAUACAUCACAUCAGCGACAGAACGCCACACGCACCCGCGGGCACACGCGGACACAGAGCAGAUGCGUGGACCGCUCUCUGAUCGCCUCCACACGCCCUCCCUUCGUGUCUCACCAGGUAUCGCUCCAACUUGAACCCGUGAAUCGCCAUCAGUGCGUCCUCUCAACCACACAACACCUGACACACCACCCACAGCACCGGACAAAGGAACGGUCAUUGCCCGGCCUCGGACCUCCCCCCGCCCCUCCCCCUGCCUCCCUCCCGUCCCUCCCUGGCCGCCCUGUGACCUCCGUGCAUUCCUUUGCGUCCAUUUCCCCUCCCGGCGUGUGUGGCGCGCUUACCACGUCAGCUUGGCUACGUAGCGGUUAGGCGUGAACAAAACCUUACUCUGCGAGCUUCCCUCGAUGUGUGUACUCCUCCUCGACUUUUCCUUUUCC